ACUACCCGUAUUUUAAAAACAAGAAUCGAAUGCUUAUGCUCACCGAAACUGGUCCACCCAUGAUACCAAAACCACAGGUAUCGUCCGUGGACAUCCCAAAAAAUUCAUGUAAAUGUGAAAUAAGUUUUGCAAUCUGUAGCCAUUUUAUGCCUUUUUUCUUUUCUUUUUUCUUGGCCACUUACAGGUCUGAAGAAGACAUGAAUGGGUGGGACCCAAGAGCUGAGGAUUUUAAUGAUGACCUAUUCAACUCUUACAAUAUGUCAAUAAAAAAAAAACAAGGUGCAGUGCAACUGUUUGUGACUGGGAUUCCAAGUGAAUUGACUAAUGACGGACUACGGAAUUUAUUCCUUGACGCUGGUUAUGUUGAAGAGGCCAAGGUAGUGACUUCGAAGAACUCCCGGUCUGAUUCUACUUUUGGAUUUGUUACUAUGAAAUCACUGAGUGAAGCAGAAAAGGCCAUGCACUGUUUUGAAGGUUAUCGUAUUCAGCGAUGUCAACUUCACGUGAAAAUAGCAAUGACUGCAGCAGAGAAGGAGGCUAAACUUCGGCAGCAAAAGGAAGAAGAAGAAUUUCUCAGUUCACUGGGCCAGCAUCAACAGAAUGUUAAUAAUAGUCAUGAAAGUGAUGAAAAGGUUCCACUGGAUAAUACAUGUACAGCAAGCUCCACAAAGAUGACACAACCAAGGGCAAAAGGUCGUGCAGCUAAAGAAGACCCACCAGGCUCGAGGGUGCAAGGUGGUGCUAGUGCAAAAGUACAUAGAAAUUCACCUCAGGAUGAUGGAUAUGAGUCAGAAAAUUUUGGUAAAUUAAAAAUUACCAGUAACAAUCCAUCUGCAUAUAUCAGACCAUAUCAGACGAAGACUGGUUUAGGUCGUGGCAGUAAGGUGAAUAAAACUCGCAAAAAUAAACCUCUCUUUCCAGGAAUGGGUCGAGAUCUGAAAGCGGGACAAGAUGCAGGCACUGCAUUUGAAAGACCACCUUUAAUUCAUCAUCCUGAACCUUCACCACUACAUUUUGGAGCAGGAUAUGGUCCAGGGUGGGAAAGGCCGCCAAUUCUUCCUUACCCUGAUCAUGCAGGAUAUGGACCAAGUUUUGGUCGAGGCUAUUGGCAUGGCCCACCUUUAUUAGGACCUCAAGGUCUAUAUGGGUUUGAUCAUCCAUUACCUCGGUUCAGGCCUGGAUUGAGUCGUGGGUAUGGGAAAUAUCCCAAUGAAUUCUACAAUUGUAGGCCCCAGGCUCCAAGACCCUAUAAUGGAUAUGGUGAAGAGAGGCGUCAACGACCAAGAGAUGAAGGAUUCAAUCGUACAUUUAUUACUCCAGCAGCCAAAGAAACAGAAAAGAGGAAGCAGAAAUUUCAUUGCAUAGCUUGUAAACAGCCAGCAUCAAAAAAAUGUGGUCGAUGUAAGCUUCCAUAUUGUAGUUCCACUUGCCAGAAGAAGCAUUUUCCCGAACACAAGGAAACAUGUUUACAACUAUCCUUGAUGGCUAGAAAUGAUUGUGAUCCAGAAAAGCUUGAUUCUCAGUUUGAUGUCACAGUUAACAUGGAUGAUGUCACACAAUUUCAGAGAUCAUUUGAUCAGCUGGUAACAGACGUUUCAGAUUCUGAAUCACUAAUUAGUAGAGAGCCAAGACCAAUAAGGAAAAAUGCUCAUAGACGAGAGAAGGUGGACAAGAGCAAAACUGCUGGACAGGCAAAAGCUGACAAGCCUGUUCGAAAACCUGUAAUAGAUGUGAAGAUCAAGAAUGCUGUUACAAAACACGUCUAUCGAGAAUAUGAUAUUAUCACUAUGACCCUGCCAAUAAAAACUAAAAAAAAGGUGUGGGUUUCUCAUGUCGAUAGUCCUUCUGAGGUGUGGAUACAGGUCGCAUCUGAAGACCUUACGAUGGUUCUUACCAAUAUUGCUGCACAAACAAAGGAGUUGGGAACAUUUGAAGGCAAUCCACAGAUUGGAGAUUUGUGCCUAGCAAAGGCAGUGAAUGAAAAAUGGUAUAGAUCAUCAGUGGUGGCUGUUAAGUCUUCCGGACAGUUUCAAGUUCGAUACUUGGACUUUGGCAACAUGUGCUGUGUGUCGGCCACCAACCUGCAACCUCUGCCUAAAAGCAUGCUUUCUCCAUCAGCACAGGCUGUCCGUUGUUGUAUUGCUGGUAUUCUGCCUGUGAAGGGCUCUGUCUGGAGUGAUGAAGCCAAGAAGGUAGUGUCUUCUAUUGUGCGUACUGAUACAGAUUACACAGUGGAGGCAAUUGAAAAACAUGGUGAUCUUUACUUGAUCAACCUGUAUGAAAACAACAGUGGUAUUAAUAUUAUCCAAAGACUAAUCAGUGCAAGAGUAGCUACACCAGUUUUAAGUCACUCGAAGAUAAUGGCCAGUGAUAUGAAGUCCCUUGUGGAUGAGCUGCAGGUAGGACAGGAGCUCAAUCUGUACUUUGUGGACUGUAAGUCGCCUUCUGACUUCACGGCUCAGAUCCUGGAGGAAGUGCGGGUGCAACAGUUUCAACAGAUGUUGCGAGACGUUGUAGAAGACAUGGCAGCCAAUGCACCAAUCACUCCAUACAGACCUGAAGUUGGAGAGAUGGUUUUUGGUCGUUACACUGCCGAUGACUGUUGGACAAGAGCAGAAGUAAUUAACGUCACUGACAUAAAAGCCAAGAUAAGAUAUAUUGACUAUGGUAACAUAGAAGAGUUGGAGUUCUCUCGCAUUACUGCACUCAAACAAACAUUUUCUUCUCUCCCAGGUCAAGCUAUCAGAUGCUUCCUCAGUGUCCAACAAACUCCCAAACAGUGGUCUGAUGAAGAUAUUGCAAAAUUCAAAGAGCAGAUUGGAUUUGGAACAGAACUUGCUCAUAUAUGUGUAGUAAAAGCUAAGUCAGCAGACCGCAUUGGUUUAGAAAUCUUCACGGCAUCUUCGCAGCCACUGUCAGACAUGUUUUCAGCCCUCCAGCCAGCACCACAUAGUCCAGCACCAGAACCUGCCUUGCCCAUCAUGGCAGAUUCCUUACAGUCUGUAACACUGCCAGUGGAUGCUUCACUGGUACGGGCCACUGUAGUGGAUAUUGUUUCCUUCAACAACUUCAGCAUUCAUCUCGUUUCAGAGACUUCAAUUCAGUAUUUGAAACAGUUGAUGCUUGACAUAUCCACAUAUGUGGAAUCGGCAGAAGAUCGGCCAAAUCCCAUUGUGGGUGAGCUUGUCUGUGCCAAAUUCUCCGAUGGUCAGUGGUACCGGUGUAAAGUAGAACAAGUCAAAGAUGACCACUGUGUGCUGCUGUUUGUGGACUUUGGAAACGAGGAUAAAGUAUCCAAGACCUUGAUCAAGACAUGUGACAAAACAUUUGUCAACAUGCCUAUUCAGGCUGUGAAAGGUAGACUUGCAGGAGCCGUGAAAACAUCGGAGGCUGAUCUACAGAGCUUUGCCACCCUUGUUUUAAGUUGUGUCAACAAGUUCAAGGUGUUGUCAUACGACAGUUCAGAGUAUGAAGUUGAGAUUUUCUUGUCUGAUGGACAGUGUCUGAAUGACAGGUUCAGAGAGGCGCCUCUUGCUACGUCCAAGGACCCAGCCAUGCUUGAGAAAUCCAGCUUGCCUGUACAGACCUCACUGACUAUCACUGCUAUUAAGCCAGUGCUGCAUGAGAUUCAGCCAGUUGCCAUUUCUUUUGUGACUGAUCCAGGAAACUUUUGCUGUCAACUAUUGAGAAAAGAGUUCAAGGAGCUUUCUCAAAUAACUCCAAGUAUGGUCGAGUACUGCACAAAAGAUCCUGUACCAAAAGGCUUCAGCCCUCAAGUGGGUGAUUUCUGCUUUGGUCAGUUUUCUGGUUCCUUUUACCGUGCAAGAGUAGAGAAAAAGCUUCCAAAGGGUUUAUUUGAACUGAAGUAUGUCGAUUAUGGCAAUGUUGAGUCUGUCUCCAUAGAUGACAUGAGGCCAAUGGUGAAAGAGUUUGCUGAAAUUCCAUACCUGGCUGUCCGGUGUUCACUGCAUGGAUUGCAGCCCAAGGAAGGUUCUUGGAGUGAAAAAUGCAGCGAUAUGCUAAGACAGUUCAUGGGCAAGAUUAUGAUGUUGAAAGUUGAAGAUGAAACUAAUGCAAGCUACAGUGUCAGUUUGGUGCAAAAUGAAAAGCCAAAUGUUCAUGUUGCUGAGAUGCUUCUGAACAAAGGCUUUGCUCUUUCAAAACUUGAAAAAGAUGAACCUUCUGCCUCAACUCCAACUAAACAAAGUGUGUCGCCUACUAUUCCUUCACUAGCAGGAAGUCUGCACGUUGGACAACAGUUCCAAGUGAUAAUUUCAAAUUAUUGCCCACCUGACCGGCUGACCGUGGAAAUUGUUGACCAGGAGAUACUGGACAAGAGGAAUGAGCUGCAGGCUGAACUGAACCAAGCUGUUGCCAACUUGCCCACUGUCGGUCUUAGCCCUCAGGUGGGAGAUUAUGUAGUGGCUCAGUUCUCGGAAGACCAACAGUGGUAUCGAGCAAAGGUUGAAAUCAUUUCUGACACAAAACUUAGUGUUUUUUAUGUUGAUUUUGGAAACAAAGAAGAUGUUGAACUAAAGAACAUCCGACCUUUGCCAACAGAAUGGUCCAAGCAGCCAGCUUUUGUAGUGAAUUGCAUCAUUGAGGGAGUCCACCGAGCAAACAACGAUGAAGUGUUAAUGGCAGAAAAAGGUGAACUUUGCCAGAAGAUAUUGGGCAUAUUUUUACUGUCUGUGGAAAUGCCUCUAGCCCAAGCAGAAGUGAAGAGUCUAGAAGGAGAUCUGAUUGGCAUUGACCUGUACAAGGACAAUUAUGUGCUGUCGUCCGAACUCACAUCUGUUCUGUCAUCAAAGAAACCUUCUGUAGUCAUGUCUUCAGACAUGUCCUCAGCAGAGCUACCCAUUGACGGAUCCCUGGUCGACUGUGAAUUCAUCCAUGUGGAAGAUUUAACCAACUUCUUUGUCAGGAAAGAUGACAUCAAAUGUAGAACCGCGUUACAUGAACUGAUGGUGAACUUGAACAGUUCAUGCAAGGGUCUUACAGAGAGUCACAAACCGAUCGUUGGAGAAGUGGUAGCUGUGAAUUUCAGUGAGGACAACACAUGGAAUAGAGGUCUGGUGUUUGAGGUUACUGGUCAGUCGUGCAGGGUCAACUUUAUUGACUUUGGAAACAGUGAACAGGCAACAUUCUCCUCGAUAAGAAAGCUUGAUUCAAACUUUUCCAAAUUGCCAGUACAAGCUAUCCCAUGUGGUCUGGUUGAUGUUCCCCAAAAAGACUUGUCCUCUGAAAAAGUAAAGCAAACAUUUAUGAAUCUGGUUGCUGCCAAAAAGGUGAAAGUGAAAGUUGUCCCAUCAGACAAUCAGCACCGAUAUGCUAUUGAGGUCUUUUUGCCUGAUGGUAGCAAUGUAAGGGAAUUGCUGCAUGAAAAAGAAGUCACACCAACGGUGACAGUCGAAUCGCUCACGUAUCACCAGCCAACAGAAGCCGAGUUCCAGGUGGCAAUCCAGGAUGUUGUUAGUCCAUCACAGUUUUAUUGCACAGAACUUGACAUUAAAGCGAUGGAGGAGCAGACUGCCCUGAAUGCAGCUCUGACUGAGUGCUGUCACGACCCCUCCACACCCAGAUGCACAGACCUGAAAGUUGGAGACCUUUGCUGCGGCCUGUUUGAUGGAGAAUGGUUUCGCGGUGAAGUAAAGAAAGUACUCCCUGGUAAUCGUGUCAGUUUGUUCUACAUCGACUACGGCAACACCAACGAGGUGGAUCUGUCUGACACGCGCAUCCUGCUGAAGGAGCAUGCACAAGCUAAAGUGAUGGCCAUCCACUGCAAACUGCAUGAUGUGCAUCCUGUUGGUGCAGAAUGGGAUGCAAAAGCUGUGGAAUUUCUCUCCCAACGAAAAGAAAAGCUGCUGAAUGCUUCUGUUGUAAAUGUUCAGAAUCAUGUUUACAAAAUCCAGUUAACUGAUCCUGAGACAGAUACAGACUUGGCAAAGGAGAUGGUCAUCAAUGGCUUGGCAUUAGAUGAUGCAACAAUUAAAAAGCAGAUAGAAGCUUUGAGUGCAAAACUUGCAUUGUCUUGAAGAAGCCAUAGGUAGUAGCAUGUUGAAGGAAAGCAACAACAACAAGAGUAGAAAAAAGAUGUAAGCAGUAGAAUGUGGAAGGAAACCUGGCACAAAAAGAAAAUGGAAAGUGUCCUUAAUUAACAGAAUUUUGUAAUUGUCUCCAUGGUUUCACAUUAUGACCUGCACUUAAAACAACUGAACCUUUUCUCUUAAACUGAAGGUAGUAACAGUAGUGGUGGUAGAUAUGUAUGCAUUUGAAGUUUCCAUAGGUCAGUUUUAUAUUUUGUAUGUUUACUUUGCAUUCAGAGUUUUUAAGUUCUGGAUACACUAUUUGGAAAUAAAGGGAAGUAAAUAGCAAAUGCCCAAUAUACAGUGAACUCUCUUUAUAACAGCCAUAUUGGUGCUGUACAGGUCUUGCCGUUAUAUCGAAUUUGAAAGUGAUUAAAAAAAAAUUAAUAUGCACAUGCUGUAUUAUAUUUAAUAAACUUCUGACACAGAAACAAAACUAAACAACAAAAUAAUAUAUUUUAUAUAUACGUAACAGUACGGUGUGCGUACACAACAAUCUGAAUAUCACAUACUGUAACAUAAUUUCUAGCAGAAUGUCUCCAACUGUCGACCUGUUAAGACUAUUUCGCCAUUCUGUGCUAAUAUGGCUAGCAAUUUCAUUGUGUGUGUGUUUAGGGUGACUCUUUGAAAUUGGUUACUUGUUUUUCACUUAACAAAAUGUCUGUACGACGUCACUUCACCUGAGGCUGUGACAUUUUCUCCAUAUAAAUCGUAAAUAAAUGAAAAAUAAUCUGUAUUCGUAUAUCCCAAACUGUCUGUUAACAAAAUUUGACAAUAGUAAUUGAACUCGAAGAACAUAAUGUGAGAUGUUUUAAUUACUUCCCACCCUGGUUCUAAGACACUAGUGUUAAACAAUAGACCUUGUAAUCACUACGUUGCAUGUGCGAUUAACCACACCUAAUCCGGUGUGCACAGGUAGUCUUACGGUGGGAACCGACGGCGCUCAAAAACGGUGCAACUAUUUAACAAAACAACUUUACUAAUUACAGAUAUACACCUGCCAGUAAAUCUGUGUGUCAUAAUAAAGAACAAACAAUACAUUUGAAAUACACGUUUGUUAUCAACAAUUACUACUGGUAUAUUUGAAUAUUCCAUUGUAAUGAUCAAAAUGAAACGGAUGCACAUUUGUUCCCAGUCAAAGUGUGCCGGAGCCCUAAUAUUCCUUAAUAAUGAAUACCACUAUAUCUUAUUUCCAUAAAUGUAUUUUUAAAAUGUGACCCACCUGGGUGAAUUCAGUCAAAAGUUGCAAAACAAAUUAACAAAUUGGGAGUUACAUGCAUACUCUGAACCUGUACAUGUUCAGCAUCAUUUUGGUGCAAAACUUAUUGAAAUAUAUUAAUUUGUCGGAGUUUGAGUAUAAAUGUUUGGGGUAUAUGACAACUUAUUUUGAGAUAAUGGCCACUGAAAACUUAAAACUCAAAUCAGUUUGUUCUAUGCCACUUUUCAUUAUGUCAUUAAUUUCAUGGUCUGUUGUGACUUCAGGAACAGAAUGGUGAUAUAGCACAGGAAGAGUAGAAUCAUUCAACACAGGUACACGAUAAUCAUAUAACACAGCAUUUGCAACAUUUGAAAGUGUAUUGUGAUUGUUACUGGCACUGUACCAAUUAACAUUUCCAAAAUAGGCCUGGGAUGUCUGUAUGAGGACAAGUACUCUCUCUCCAUCAGAAGAAACAAUCUUGUCCUCAUCAUUUUUCUCAUCAUCUUAGAAAUAUUCACAGAUCAGAUUAAUCCAGAGAUCAAUAGCAAAUGUAACAACAUUAUUCAUGCCCAAACUAGAUAAACAAAUACUUAGACAUAUUUUAUGUGGUACUCAGUUUUUGCCUGUAAUUUUGUUAACCAUUUGCACCACUUAAACUUUUUGUGUUCAACUUUUUAAAACCUCUCACAAUAAGAGAUUCUUUUGUACACGUGGUAAAUAUAUCACAGUGUAAUGUAAUGUAAUCUAUCGUAAUGUUAUAUAAAUUCCGAAUUAUGCUACAAAUACAGCCAUAUAUAUUUAUACUGCUGUAAACAAUUACCCAGAAUGCCAGAGUGGGCCAGUCACGGGUGAUAUAUCAGUUAGCUGCCUAGCAACAAACCAGGUUGUUUAUGGUUGGUUUAGGAAAAGUGUUAAAGUUGAUUAAGUUAAAUGCGAGUAGUCUGAGAUAUUAAGUUAAACAAUAAAGUACUGUUUUCUGUCAAAAUCACAAUUUUAAAGAGGUAUUGGAUUUUUUUACUAAUUGCCAGUUGUACAAAAUGGUCUUCUGCGAUAUGCAACUAAUUUUGCCAGAGUGGGUCACAAAUGAAUCUUUGUAUUGUUCAUCAUGGUUUUAUGCAUUUUCAUUCAGCAAAUGCUUAAAGGAUUAUUGUUUUUAAUAAAAACAAUAGAUAAGGAUAUUUCAUUUGUAAAUUUCAUUGCACUAGUUUUCUUGUUUUCCAGGUUUAUUGGUUUAUCUUAGUGAACUGCUUGCUGAAUGUGUAGAAACUGGAUACUUGUUGAGUUAACCCUAUCUUUGCACAUUGUAAACAUUUUCACUUGCCAGACUCAGUUCUUUGUUGAUAUUUGUUUGUAUUUUCACAUGAUCGUACAAUAUGCAAAUUAUGCUGUUAUUUUUAGCUUUAUUUUGUAAAUGUAAGUUUAAGGAUAAGCAUUUGAGUUAGGUUGAUGCUGUUUGCAUAUUAAUUCUUUUCAUAUUUCCAUAUAGUAAAUAGCAGUGAGCGUGAUCAAGUGGUUUUGAAAUUAGGAGGCUUUUUGAAAAAAGUAGGCAGCAGGGUCUACAAGAUGUGGUCAGUUCUGAAGCAACUCCUAAAAUUAUAGCUAAAACAAUAGAGAGAUUUAGGCAAAGUAUUACUUGUAAUCUGUGGAAACAUAUGCAUAGUGAUUCAUUUGCAACUUUAUAUAGCUGUUUGGCAGUAUGCUAAUAUGAACAUCUGAUGUUAUCCAGAUUCAGGUAUUUUCUUUUACAGGCAUCGAAAUAAGCCGAGAACGGUCAUUUGGGUUGCCAGGGGGUUACCACUUGUCAAAAAAGUCGAGCAGUAUUUUGUUGUUCGCUGAAUCUUAUUAAAGUAUAAGUACACCACUUA